AAAUGGCCUUCAUCUUCACCUGCGGAACGCACACCUUCAACUCUCUGCUACAGGGCUACGAGAACAUAACAGCGCAAUGCCAAAAUUGCGGUAACUUCAGCGCCAAAGUCUACAAGCGAUGGGAAUGGUUCACCUUCUGCUUCGUCCCCAUCAUCCCAUUCUCCCUCAAGCCAUACCAUGAAGUUGGUUGCCACAUCUGUCACUUCUAUCAAGACGUCAGACAUCGACCAGAUGUUCAACAAAUGAUGGACAAUCCACAGGCAAUUCCGAUGCAACCGCAGCAGCCUUAUGGAGCUCCACCUCAGCAAUACAAACCACCGCAAGGACCUCCUCAAUACGUC